AAAUGAAGGGCAUCGAAAUCGAAUUAGAUCUAGAGGCUGAGCAUAUUAUGUGGAUGUACCAUCUCAAAUUCUUCAUUGAUUUAAAGAGAAAAUACGAUACAUUUGUGAAAUUCAGAGGGAGCAAGGCAUUUUUAGAGGGAGCCGAUUAGCAUAGGGUUUAGUGUGCAGUUUAGAAUGCCUUGAGUAAGGCUAAGCUGGAAUUUAUCUAUGACUUUUUGAUGCAAUCAAAUAAUCCUGAUGAGAAUUAUGGACCAUACAUGGAUUUGUUAGCCAAUUAGAAGUAUGAAUCGAUUAGAAAGGAGCAUAACGGGCUAAUCAUAUUCACUAAGAAGCAAUUCAUGCUAAUUAAGCAAGAAUUGAAUGAAAAAUUCGGGUAUAUAGGUCAAUUUUCAAGACAAUAUCCCUUAAAUUAUGUGAUAAUUUUCCUGCCUUCUAGCAAAAAAACUUAGUUGACUGAGAGCAUAAAUUACUUAGUUGAAAAUAUUCGUAACAAUAUCGAUUAAGGGAUUACACCUCAAAAUACAACAUACUAUAGUUAUAGGGCUAGGGAUUUGGCAGUGAGAAAUGUUUAUAAAAAGUUUUAUUAAAUGAAGAUGAACGAUGUGCAAGCCAUAUAAAUAUUUUUGAUAUUUGACAUAAGGAGAAUGGAGGAGUAUUUCAGAGUGUCAUUUACAUUGAAAGAUUACCAGAAUUAUGUGAUGUUGGUGAUUUAAGGAUCCUCUGAUUUAGGAUGUUAGGAAGCAAUGUCAACAUUGGAGAAUCAUCUGAAGCACAAGAUCCUAUUUUAGAUAUAAAAGGAGCAAGGCAACAUUUUCAAUAUGAUCGAUUAUAAAAUAGUAAAGAUGGAGGAAAUAGAAGAAAUUGCCAAUCGAUUGGAUUAGUGUUUUGCCACAGAGAUCUUGAAGAGAGUUACUCAUAAUCUCCAGAAAAAUGAUUUCAUAUUUACAGAGAUAGCAUAAUGGCAGUAUGUCAGAUAAAAGUAGUUGAGUGAAGAGAACAACCAACUGUCGAGAUUGACUAAUAGUUAUUAUUACAGUGAAAUUGAUAAAUAGAUCGACAGUUAAUUGAUACAGCAAGACAUCAGUAUAAUAGAAAAGGUGGAUUCCAAAGAGAUCUUGCCUGUCUAGAAUAAUUAAAAAAUUGAUUCCCAUGUGAUCUUGCCAAUCAAAUAGCAGAUUGAGCAACAAGAACUCCUCCAAUUGGUAGACCCUCAAUCAUCGGAGGAGGAACAAUAGGACAUGAAACAAUUGAGGAUUAUCAAAGAUCACAGGGUUGAGACUUUGCAGGAUAAGAUAAUUGUGGAGUACUUUAAUUAUAAGGAGAAAUCCAAGUUGUACCUCUUUCUCAAUAAUUUUGAUGAUGGGUAAUUCUAGUCAGAUUUCGAUGCAUAUUGUUCAACUAAUUACAGUUUUCCAUAUGUCAUUCAACCUGAUUGCAGUGAACAAAAUCAAUUGAAGUUCAUAAUCGAACUAGCGACUAGUGAUGAUGAGCAUAAUAAAGCCUAGAUAAUUGAAUUCUUGGAUCAUUAUAUGAAUUGUUAGAUUAUGUUGGGAAUCAAAAAUGUAAAGCAAUUAGAAUAAGCAGAUCAGGAGGUGUUGGAUGAGUUGUGUGAUGAUUACAAUUGCAACUUGAGGAUCUACAAUUGUGAUUUAAGUGCCAAAUAGGUUGGGUGGUAGGAGAUUGAUGCUUAGCCACAAGAGAAUUAGAAUGGAAAGGAUAUUGUCUUUAUAUUUUCGAAUGUGAUCCAUUGUUUUAUUGAAUAAUUGAAAGAGAAAGUGAAUGGUCUCAAUUAGUUUAGCAAGAAAACCAUAGUCACUCUGCUCUUCUAGUCCCAAUUUGAAUAUGCAUGUAAACAGGCGGAAAUUAAGAGGCUCAAUCAGUUUGCUCAAUUUCGCUUUGAUGAUUGUUAUUGGAUGGCAAUAACAGCCAAGGAUCCAAAGGCCAUCAUUGAGAACAUCAAAGAGAACGAUUCUAAGAUAUUUAAGACACUCUUGGGGAAACAGCCUGUGAUUUAGAAUGAGCCUAUUGUAUUGGCCAAGGAAGGAGAGGAGAGAGAUUUCUAUGAUGUGUAUAUUCCUGAGCUCUACUGCAACUAUUACGAGAAAUUAAGGAGAGAUUAUUUGGAUCAUCAAUAUAAAGAGGAUGAAUGGAAAUAGGUGCAAAUUGAUUUGAGCGAAAAGUCAUUUUAUGUAGAUGUGACUGUGUUAGGGAUACAGCCUAUUCAUUUGGAACCCAUAAUUGAAAUCAUAGAUAAUGUCGAAAGUAUUUUCAUUUUUUAAUUGUUUUUAGGGAAAGGAAAGGUGAUUGAGAGCAUAAAUAAUUUGUAGAAAGGAGUCUAUCUAAUUGGGAAGACUAGAAAUGUGAAUUCUGAUACAUUCGAGUUGACCAUGAACAAUCAUAUCAUCAGGUAUGUGUAAUAAUUUAAUUUCUAUUAGUACCAUAGUAAACAUCAAAUGA